AUGGAGAAAUUGCAGAAGGUUGGGAGAUUCCUCGCGCCCAAGUCCAAGGAAGGAGCCGAUGGACGGUCUGAAUGGGGAUCGCGCACCCAAUUCGUCCUCGCGUCUAUGGGAGGCGCAAUCGGCCUGGGAAACAUUCUUCGGUAUCCUGGCCAGGUGUUCAACAACUAUGGUGCACAAUGGUUCAUUCCCUACUUGAUGGCGCUGUGCUUUCUGGGAAUACCAAUCCUUUGGCUAGAAAUUGCCAUCGGUCAGGCAUAUCGUGGUGGCUGUGCCAUUGCUUAUGAUCACAUCAAUAAGCGGGCGAAAGGCGCCGGGGUAGCCAUUGUUUACACGGGUUACUGUAUCGUCCUCUACUACGUACCUCUUCUGGGCUGGGUCAUGAAGUACUUCCGGAACUCGUUCAGGAGCCCUUUGCCCUGGGAAGGCAGACUACAAGAAUUCUACAUGGGCGACGUUGUUGCCAAUGUGGCACCUGUGGUACCAGAAGAUGGAGGCUGGAUUGAAUAUCCCGGCAUCGGUAUGGUCGGUGAGACCACAGGCUGGGUUGUCUUCACAUGGUUCAUCGUAUUCAUAUGCAUGUUCCGAGGUGUUGGUCUCCUGGGAAGGGUGGUUUACUUCACUAUGGGCCUUCCUAUUGUGACAGCCAUCAUUCUCAUUGGUCGUGGUACGUCACUAAGCAAUGCAUGGGACGGAAUCCGACUAUACAUUGGCAUAUGGGAUGGUGCCAAAUUGGGCCAGGGCGCCAUCUGGCAGUCCGCAUGUGGCCACAUCUUCUUCUCCAUCGGUGUUGCCAUGGGCUACUUCACAUCCUAUGCAUCUUAUAAACCCAAGUACGCCAAUUGCGUCCAAGAUGCCAUCAUCAUUGCCGUAUGCAACUGCCUCUAUGAGGUUCUUGUUGCCUUCGCGGUCUUUGGAGUCAUCGGCAACAUUGGGCUCUUCCCAAGCGCAGAGACUAGGCAGUCGACAUUCUCUAUUGCAUUUGUUACCCUUCCGGCAGCUCUUGUUCAAAUGCCCGGAGCGCAGUUCUGGUCGGUGCUUUUCUUUUUCACACUGAUGGUCCUGGGCAUCAGCUCAGCAUUUGCACUGUUAGAGUCGGUUGUGACGCUUGUCAAGGAUACCGAUUGGGGUGGAAAGAUCCCACGAUCACUAGUCUCGACCGUUGCUGUCAUUGUCUCGUGCCUGCUAUCGCUCAUGUUCUGCACCGAAUUUGGCUUCUACCUCCUGGACGCAGUCGACACGUGGACCAAUUUCAUGUCCCUGUUUUUCGUCGCAUGGUCAGAGUGCGUUUUCAGUACCUCUAUCUAUCGCCAUAAGGAUGUUGUUGGCCAAGUCGGAUGGCCGGCAUACCUGGUCUACAAUACUGGCUACUUUGGUGGUCAGAUCUUUGGAGUCCUGGUUGGCCAAAUAGUGGGUCCUUCCGCUGGAGCAGGUGUCGGAUUUGGCCUGUUCAUCGUCGGAACAAUCAUUGCAGUAUUCAUUAGUAGAAUUCCCGAUGCUGAGACACCCCACUUCUGGGGGAGAAACGCCUACCUACGACGCUUUUGGUGGAUGGUGUUCUACUCGGGUAAUCAGUUGACCCGCGACUUGAACGUCACAAUUGCUGUCGGUAAAAACUGGCCUCUGCCCUAUUUUUGGUCACCAAUUCUCAGAUAUAUAUCGGCACCUAUUCUCGCCAUCCUCACCAGUUUUGCAUAUCCCUCGUUCAACAGAGUCAAGAACGACCCGCUCCACAUCUUCGGGUUUUGCGUUGGACACGUCGUCAUGCUUCUGGUGGUCUUAGGUCUUAUUGUACCUCGAUCUUUCGACGUUUUCAUUCCCAAAGCCCGUCGAGGUGAAGGAGACCUGCCUUACGCACCAGCUGUGCUCAUUGGUCAGGGUGACUUGUCCACAACCGGCGCUGUGGAGGAAGGGUUUGAUGAUGUUUCACACGAGGAGCAGAGCUCCAAAGCGGCCUUUGGCGGUCUCAAUCACGAUGAUAGCUCUAGGGAGGGACGUGAUUCCCUUGAUAGGAGGCGAAGAGUUGAGGAGGAAACGUUCACUGAGCCGAAACCCAUCAGGUAG